GCAUACUUCAUUUCAUAGUGCGAACACAUAAGCAGCAUGCGCUAGUUUGUUUACCUAAAUUAAUCAAGCGAACUGUGAUACAAAAAUGUCCAAAACGAUAUCAACUGAAAAUGUUGAGAAUGUUGAGUUGACAGUGCAAAAGCACGUUGUGAAUUUCUGUAAAUUGUUGCCGAUACACGUAGAUAAAUGGAGAAAGUUAUUGGAAGAAGCUGAUAAACCGGCCCAGGCGCUGACAAACUACGCAGAACAAUUGAGGCACGUGGAGAAAGCAAACAUCGAAUAUUUGGAUAAAUUUCGUGAUCUUCAAGAAAAGAUCAGAUUCAAAGUUUUUAUCGAAAUGGAAGAAGAAAUAUCAACGUUGAAGAAAAUAAUUGAUCACCUCAACCAAACCAACCAAGAUCUGAAAAACAAAUUGUCAAUAUUGGAAAGAUCGACAAUCGAUCUUUGUUGGGAAGCAAAUACUCCACUUUUAACUGGAACUGCUUUUCAGCCACCUUUGACCAGAAUCUUACAAGAUGGACUGACGUUCUUUCAAUAUUUCGCAAAUGCUCUGACAAAAAUCAAGGAUAAUUUCAAAAAUAUGGAUGUAAGGGAUGAAAAGAAUAUGGCUAAGCUAGAGAAAAGUUUCAAAAUGGAAUAUGUUAGUAAAAGUGUAACUAGUUUUUUAGCAAUUGUUCAGUAUGUUGGCAAUGAUAAAGCAGUGAUCUAGAUACAACUAUAGUUUUACCUUGCCAUUAUU